AGCGUUUGGCCGAAGAAGGAAGGCAAAGGCUUUCGAAGCAUUUUGAAACUGUUUGAAUUAAUAUUUAAUAAGUGACGACGACGAGGGCGACGACGUCUCGUGCCAAGUGCAAAGCCAAGUGCUUAUACGCGUUCGGGUGCGUUUCGCGAAUUUUGCUGCGAGUAGACUUUAUAGAAGAAGUAGUAGAAGAAGGCGAAAAUAAAAAAAAACGAAAACGUUUAAUUGUUUGCAGUUAAGAACUUGUUACCUCUAGAGGAAAAAAAAAUUCGGGUCGCCGGUGCUUGCUGCGAGAGAUCGGGUUUUGAUUCGAGCUUAAGCCUUUCGAGGGGUCGAAAGAGUUCUACGGCGUGAAAAUUGCGGAUACAAGUAGAUCAUUCCCUGCCAGAACUGGAAGUACAACUCCCGUGGCUCUCGAGUUUCAUUCAAUGAAUUUGGCUUCAUUCAGCAGUUCCCUCAUCACGAAUUCUGAACAAUCGACGUUGCGCUUAGAACUUCGAAGAAUUGCUGUGGCAAGCGGGAGCUUUAGGUUUCAGCCUUGAUCGUGUUGUGCCUGGCUGGCAGAAACGAAUUCCAGAAUUCCAGCAGCAGUGAGUGUAGUGAACGAACGCGGCGCGGGUGCAUCCGGACAAGCGCGCCCAGAUUCCCAUAGGAGGAUUGACAGUAGGAGCGAGCGAGGCGUUCGCGUUCGUUGGGCCGCGCAUGGGAACCUCUUCGGUGCCAUAUGUGUUGGUGCGGUCAGUCCGAGCGAGCGUUGUACGAUUGAAAAACGUGAUGAAUAUUCAUCGAAAUUGAUUUCGGGUGUCUUUCCAACCUGUUUUUUUUGGUUUAAUUUUUCGGUUUCGUACUUUAUCUAUCGAAUGUGUUUCGUUUCACGUUUCCUGCUUGCCGGUUGUGAUAGUGUAAGCUUCGCGCGCGCUUGAUAGGGGAGAGAGAAAAAAGAAGCAUUUUUUCGUAGAUUAUGCUUAUUAGCACUCUGUUAAAUAAUCCCAACCCGAAAUCCGAAAAGCGGUUCUGAAAACGAACAGAGCGUAGUGCGAUAAAUCGAGAAAUGUAAGGUGAUUUGUUGGGUGACAUUUUUCCGAUUUUUUUUUCGCUCUGUAAACUCUGUAAGAAGAGAGAAGAAAGUAGCAUACAUAAAUUUGCGCUUGUUGUGAAGUGUCAUCGGUGGUUAGUGAACGCAACACGAAGAAAGUACAGUUUUAAUGUUUUUUUUUGCCUGUAAGUUAAUUCGGUAAUUUGUAAGUUAAGUAAUCGAAUAAUUAGUGACGCGAUUAGUGACUGCCAAGCAAAGCAACGAAAGUUCUACAUACUGACGUGUACGAAGAUUGUUACAAAAUAAAUCAGAAGAGAUUGUUUGUUACAAAAAUCAAAAGAAGCAGAAGCAGUAAACAGCAGCUCGUGUUGACGGAAACAAGCGGCAGAACGUGCUUUCGAUUUUUUCCGUAAGGUACGUUCGAGUCCGUUUCAAUCCGGUCGGUUGAUGCUAAGGUGUGAGCUACGCCAUAAAUUAAGACGAUCGCGUGGGUGUUUCUUGGACGACGAGGACAGUUCGGGGCCUCAGUUCGCAACAGCCGCUUGAUGCAUUGACACACGUGAAUCCGGGGCUGUGAAACUGCGCCGGUGCGCGGGUCCACAUCAUCCUCCGUUCGAGCUUCGAGAUCGAAGACCCUGGCAGUGGCCGAGGCCAGGGUGCCGCUAUUGCUGGUGGUGGUAGACAGGACGACGACGACAACGACAACGACGACGACGACGAUACCGGCGGUCAUCCCGUUGUUCGCACGAUUGGCGGCUUCCGCCCGUGGUGCAUCACCUGUUUCUCCUCUUGCCACACAAUGACGACCCGCUGGUCUUCGCCCAAGUGCUGGAUUUACACCGUCGUCGGAGGAGUGCUGCUGAUAAUAGUGACGUUGAUAGUGAGCUUUGUGCACCACGGCAGUGCAAACCAGCACCAUGUGAUCGAUAACAGUGAUAACAGUGUGGUGGAUAGGUUAGGUACGUUCCCGCAGAAAGUUGGAGAAGGACCGCCGACGACGCUGAUUUCACCGACGGGUUUGCCCCCAGGGGGGACUGGAACGGCCCACGGCAGCACGACAGAUGACGGUGACGGUGAUGAUGAUGAUGAUGAUGGUGGUGAUGACGGCGGUGAUGAUGAUGCGAAUAUUCUGCGAAGACCGCUGGACGGUAGUUCCGCUGCAGCAUCAUCAUCUAAUGCGUCGCCCGUUCCCGUGAACGAUCACGACAAUGUAAUUCCACGGCUGCCCGGUUCGGACCCGUCGGAAGAGGUUCGCAUUAAACCUACCAAACUGACGCAACCCCUGCAUGCCGACGAUCUGCUGUACGAUUCCAAGACGACAAGUGCCGAUACCCCCGGAGCUCAGCAUGCACAGAAAUUCCACUGGACCGGAUUGUUCCGCCAUCGAUCCUCACGCAUCUGGGAUCCACAUCCGGAGUACAGGAUCGAGGCAUUUGGCCUCAAUAUGCACAUAAAACUGUCGCAAGAUAGCAGUUUUAUGCCUGAAGACAUUAAGGUGACACACGUAUGGCAAAACGAAACACUUCGCAAACCGGAGGACCAUCUGGAUCAUGCCGGCCUGCAGGGAUGUUUCUAUCGUGGCCGUGUGGAGGGCGAUAAAAAAUCCACCGUCACCGUAUCGCUCUGCGAGGGAAUGAAGGGACACAUUCGCACCUCAAACGGUUCGUUUUUUAUCGAACCGGUGGAGAAGUAUUCCAACGAGGACACCAACAUUUUGCACAUUCUUUCGCGGGAACGCGCCGGUCAGAUUCUCACCGUGGAUGACGACGUGAUAGAACCGGCGGAAAAGAACGCCGGCAGUAAUUGCGCCCUGGAUACCAAACAGGAAGAGCAUGAUAAACACCUGGAGAGCAUCGAGCUGACCGGCAGUAACGGUAACGGUGACGGGGCUGCCAACGGCGGAGGCCACCGUCAGCGGCGUAAGCGCAGCACGGCCCACAUCGCGAACAACGAGUACACGAUCGAGGUGCUGGUCGCUGUCGAUAAGAAGAUGCAGGAAUACCACCGCGACAAUCUCAAAUCCUACGUGCUGACGCUGAUGUCGAUCGUUUCCAGCAUUUACGCCGACGCCAGUAUUGGAAAUUCAAUUAAGAUAGCAGUGGUGCACAUUCUGUACCUGCACCAAAACCUCGCAGCACAUAGUGCACUUGAUCUGAACGGCAGCAAAGGCGUUUCCGCUUCCGAGAUGCUGCAGGGCUUCUGCCGGAUCAAGCAGGCUUCCAACUUUCAUCACGAUACGGCCUUCCUGCUGACGCGGGAGCAAAUCUGCCGGCACCAGAUGAAGUGCGACACGCUCGGGCUGGCCGAGCUGGGAACCAUGUGCAAGCGGUCCUCGUGUGCGAUCGUGCAGGACAACGGCCUUUCGGCGGCGUUCACGAUCGCUCACGAGCUCGGUCAUGUACUCAGCAUGCCUCACGAUGACGAUGUACGGUGUGGUCCAUUUCGAGGAGAAAGCAGCACCAAGCAGAACAUCAUGUCCCGAAUGUUGGACCAAAACACCCAUCCCUGGUCGUGGUCCAACUGCUCACGACAUUUCGUCACCGAGUACCUCGAGCAAAAACAAGCCAGCUGCAUGUUGGACAAACCAACGACCGAUCUGAUCGAACCAUCCUCUUCGACAACCAAGCUAGCGGGAGAAAAAUUCACCAACAAUCAACAGUGCGAGCUGGUGUUUGGCAACGGAUCACGGAUCUGCUCGUACAUGCCGGUCUGCAAACGCCUUUGGUGCAACAACGGCGAUGAACUGCUCGGCUGUCGGACGCAACACAUGCCCUGGGCGGACGGAACGAGCUGCGGUGAGAACCAGUGGUGCCAGAAGGGCGAAUGCGUGCACGUUAACCGGGAGGCUCUGCAACCGCAGGACGGUGGCUGGGGCCAGUGGAGUCCUUUCAGCGAAUGCAGUCGAAGCUGCGGCGGUGGAGUUCAGAUAUCCACGCGGGUGUGCGAUUCGCCUUCGCCGGAAAAUGGUGGAAAAUAUUGCAUUGGAAUUCGGAUGCAGUACCGGUCUUGUAAUAGUCACGAUUGUCCAGAUGAUACGCUCGACUUCCGGGAGGAGCAAUGCCACGAGCUGGAUGGUAAUAACUUUGAAAUUCCAGGACUGGAGAAGAAUGUCAAGUGGAUUCCGAAGUACGGCGUUAAGGCGGAAGAUCAGUGCAAGCUGUACUGUCGGGUGAAAAAUUCCAACAGCUAUUUUUUGCUGCGUGAUAAGGUGAAAGAUGGGACUUCGUGCACCCAUCCGCACGAGAGCUUCGACAUGUGUAUCAAUGGGCAGUGUAGGAGGGCCGGUUGUGAUUACGUGUUCGAUUCCGAUGCCCGGUUGGACAAGUGCGGCGUUUGCCGGGGAAAUAAUGACACCUGUAGUGAUGUGAACGGCGUGUUUCCGUUCAGUAAGAUCCAUCAUUUGAAGAAACCGUACGUGCAGAAGAUUGUCCGUAUUCCACGGGGGGCCACCAACAUCGAGAUUAUACAGCGAGGCUAUAAAGAUGAUGGAAACUAUUUAGCUCUUCGUGAUGAGAACAACGAAUACAUCUUCAACGCACCAAAGAUGUCCGUGGUGUCCGGAUUUAAGAAGCGUCUUUUUGCCGGUGUUAUGCUGGAGUAUAACGGACCGGAUGAGGCUAUCGAAGUUAUUCGGUCCGACUUCGGGCACCCUUUGAAACGAGAUUUAACGGUGGAAAUCUUUUCCCACUCGAAAAUGCAUGCCGUAAGCGAAAAUAUGGUCGAAUAUAGUUAUACCAUUCCGAAUGAUAGGCCGCCGAUAAAGGUAACCAAGACGACUCCAGUCUACGUCCAACAUCAUCCAAGUCAAAAUAGCAUUCCCAACUACCAGUGGAAGAUGUCGGACUGGAGUGAGUGCGAUCAAAGUUGCUUCGGAAAACGGCAUCGAACGGCGGGUUGUUACGAUAUCGAAACCGGCAAGGAGAAGCCCAUCUCGUUCUGCCGCAACAGUGCAAAACCGAGGGAAGACUACGAAGCGUGUAACACGGAAUGUAAAUUUGAAUGGGAAGCAACCAGUUCCGAGUGUUCCAAUUCCUGCGGCGAAGGAGUUACGAAUGUUCAAUAUCAAUGCGUGCAGCGGUACAUCAAAACCCAGCAAACCAAUCCAGUUGAUCCGACAUACUGUGUCAAUAUUCGCAAACCAAAUACGUUGGAAAAAUGUCACGGACCGUGCCCGGAUGCAACCUGGUCGUAUAGCGAAUGGGAACCGUGUUCACGCACGUGUGGUGGUGGAAGGCGAAACCGUACCGUUCGGUGCCUCUCGGCUCCCGAUGGGUUCCGGAUAAACGAAAGCUUUUGCGCCGUGAAACCGAAGGAGGAAACCCACCAGAGCUGCAACGUUCAAAGCUGUCCCGAGUGGGUCACAGGAGAAUUAACCCCGUGCUCGGUGACCUGUGGCGAAGGACAGCAACGGUACGCUAUCUACUGUGUACUAAACAAUGUUAGCAUAAAUGCAGCUUUAUGUGGCACCCGCCCGGUGGCAGUGAUCGUCAACUGUACCAUGCCACCCUGCGAGAAGAAGCAAGAACCACCUGCGUACGCUUACUCGGGAGAGGAAACGAAAUCGAUCGUCAGCCAGCAGCAGGACAGCAAGUACUAUCCGGCGCUGCACACCGGAAGCGUCACCUUCCACAACGUGUCCUCGCAGCCGUACAAAUGGUGCACCAGCGUGUGGAGCAUGUGCAAUGCCAAGUGCAACGGAGGCGUCAAACAGCGCAAGGUACAGUGUUGCUACAAGCACAACGAGUCGCGCAUCGUCGACGAUCUGUACUGCCAUCAGGAGAAGAAACCACCGGAGGAAACCAACUGCGGCAACUUCCGGUGUCCCAUGUGGAACUUCGGCCAAUGGAGCGAGUGCAAUGACGAUUGCAAGCGCUAUCGUCAGGUGCGUUGCGUAGAUCACCGGGGCAAGGAAAGUACCGAGUGCCCACUGCACCAGAAACCACCCGAAGUGGAGUCGUGUUGCCAUUUCCGAUGGAGGAUUACUAACUGGAAGCCUUGUAAUGUGACGUGCGGUGGUGGCGACGGUUACCGAACCGGAGAGCGUGUAUGUAUGCGUCUAUUCCCGAAGUCCGAGUACAAUCCGCACCCGGUCAAGACCGGCCGCAAAGUGGAUGCCAAACUGUGCGCGCACGUGAAGAUUCCACCGGCCAAGAAGCUUGUACGCAAGUGCAAACCCUGCCAGUUCCGUUGGGAAGUGUCCCCGUGGUCAAAGUGUUCGGUCGGCUGCGGAGCCGGGUUGGCGACUCGCAACGUCACCUGUAGCAACGGCCGAAGUACGUCCACCGUUUGUGACGCCAAACACAAGCCGAGCAACGUGAAAUCUUGCGAGACGCAAAGUUUUUGCCGCUGGAGCACCGGACAAUGGAGCAGAUGCAAAUGCGAUGGCUACCAGAGGCGAGGCGUCAAAUGUUAUGACGAAUUAACGAAAACCGAAUCGAACCGUUGCCCGGAACGGAGACCGGAGCAGAAGAAAAAGUGUCACCCAAAGCCGAACUGUCGGCCACGGUACAGCAAAUCGAUCAGCCUCACCUGCCAGGAUGUACAGCGAAACCGGCGGACGCUGAUGGACGGCGAGUACACGCUGCACGUCAAGGAUAGGCCGGUAACGAUUUACUGUCACAAUAUGACGACCAACACGCCGACCGAGUAUCUCACGCUAAAGUCAGGUUUGGUCGAAAACUAUGCCAUCCACAACAAUAAACGGGCAUCGAACGCGAACCUUUGUGCGCCCUCGUCGGCGGAUUUCGUGGACGAAAGUAUAGCCUACGGAGCGACACAUUACCGCAAGAUUCGACUGAACAUCCAAACGCUCCAGGUGGUGGUCGGUGAUCAGCGGUUUACCGACGGUUCCGGAAAGCCGCAGUCAUUCGGUUCGGCCGGCGACUGCUACAGCAAUACCGGCCACUGUGCGCAGGGAGAUUUUUCGAUCAACCUGGAGAAUACGCCGUUCCGCAUUCGACCCCAGACCCGGUGGGAAACCAAGGGACAGAACUCGGUGAUACAUUUCCUGAUACCGCUGGAGGCACCAUACCAGAAGGUGCGAGCGCGCUGUGGUGGCUAUUGCGGAACCUGUUCGGUGUCCCAAAGUAGUGGACUGUUCCUAGAGUUGAUAUAAGCCUGGCAGCUGGUAUAUCUCUAUCCUAUUUGCUUUGCUUCGACAAGAGCUAACAUCGCUGCGGGCCCACCGGUUAUGGGCUCCGCUGACAGCUGCUGCCGAGUCCAUCGAGUGUUGGAAACAAAACCACAUGGAGGCCGGCCACGCCAGCUAUUUGGUAUAAGCAAUCACUCACGUCCGAUACCGCGUGCCAGUCAAGUGUGUAUGUCAUCCACAUUGAAGUACAUCAUUUACCAAGUAUUCGACCAAGUAACUGUAUUUGCUUAGAUGGAAAACCUACGAGAUCUACGAUCAGAGCUGCCACUGACAAAAUGAAACCCGUACUAUUAUCGAGUGCCAACACACCCACACAUUAUUACUUUAAGCAAGAGAGAGUAUUUAUUUGAAUAUGCCUUAAACACAGCAACUUAAACUGUGCUUUGUAUGUAAGAAAAAUCUUUUUUAAAAUUUGAAAAAGAUGUUCAGUAAUGAUAAAGGUAAAAGCGAAUCUAUAGUCGUUCAGAAAACGGUCCCGCGAGAGUCAAUUUAGCACUAGAAGCGAAGGCAGUGCUGCCAGCUGGAGGGCAAAUAAAGACUGACGGAAGGUUGGAGUUUAUUUUAACGAGUAAUUUACUGCUGUUGCGGCGGCGCCGACAGCGCAGAUUGACACUCGCGGAGCAUCCGGACCAAUCACCUCCUGUCCCAGUUCCUGUUCGGUUUUAUCGGGCAAAUUGUGACAGUGCGGAACGCUUUGGAUAUUAUUAAAUUUAUAAGAGCCUAUAUAUGAUAAACAACUUGACACUAGUUUUGUGUGCGUGCUUCCAUGUUAGUAGUGAAUCGACCGCUUGCAAAAAAAAACAAACAAACAAAUCAUUCAGAUUUCGUUUUACAUGUAAAACUUAAACAAAUGUGUCAUAACGUGCCUCAAAACUAAAAGUGCUUUCAACAGGAAACAAUCGGAAUGUUUAGGAGUUCACCAAAGUACAAAAAGUUUUGGAAUCUCAAUGCAAGUCUUCUGGAAGACUUUACCUGCGAUCAAAAAUACUCAAACUAUAGCUUAAAAUCGAAUACAAGCAUAAUUCGCUGCCUACCACUAAUGUUAUCUCAAACUAAGUAUUAUUCAGAAGCUCCUUUAAUGCCGUAUCAUUUUUAUAAAAAAAAUAAUUACUAGAAUAGUAAAAAAAAUAUAUUAACAGUGUUCAAACGAAUUGAAAGCAUUGAAUGAGCCACUUUGUGCGAACAAACAGGGCCCACAGUUCAUACCUAAAUAUCUAGAGGAGGAGCAGAGUUUUAGUGUUCUAACAAAGUUUUUUGUCCGGGGAAAAAGCACAAUUUGUUUAGAGAAUAUCGAGAGAAAGAAAAAAAAGCUAGGUUUAGUGAAAACAAACAAGUCGACAAUCUGCCGCCGCGUCAACAACAAUUUGAAAACUAAACCAACGGAAGAUAUCUACAAGGAAGCAUCAAACUGCCAUACCUAGCUUGUAGUAUCCGUAAAGUAUCGCUACUUUUCGCGUUUAAACUAGAUGUUUUUUUUUUGUUAUCUGUACCCUCAAGUUAUGCCACCGUACUAAAAACGUACAGAAACUUACUAAAACCUAAACCACUAGCGUGUAAGUUGAUUCGGUAAAAAAGUAUUAAGCACUGGUCUGCGUUUUUUUUUUUUGUAUUUCACUUUGUUUUCGGACACACCAACCACACUUCUAUAAGUUUUAGAAGAAAAAAACUCGACCAUUCUUUGUAAAUAUCACCGUGAUUUAACACCUAUGGCAUUAAAGAUAAGAUUCCCCCCUCCUUUUCGAUCUAUCCGUUCUAUCACAAGUCACGCUACGAAACACAAAAUUUUGCAUAUUAAAUUGAUGGUAUUUUUUGCACACCCGCGCAUUGUUUUAGAGAAAUAUUUAUUUAUUGAAAAUUUACAAACUAGGUAAUUUUAGUUGAUAGUUAGUCUCUAGCACAGUUAGGCGGUGCUUUUGUGUAAUUUUUUGCCAUAUAUUAUAUUAAAGAAUGCUACACCACUGUCAUUACAUGCAUACAUCGUGAAAUCGUAAAUAGGAACAUAAUUGCAAAUUCAUUCACUGUACUUUUCCUGUCGCCUCAAAACGACGACACCGAAAAAAAAUAAAAAACAUUGAAAAUCGAUCAGAAAAUCGCUGAGUUUCUAACGCUCAAAAUGUGUCAUUUUUUCGUGACACUUGCAUUUUUAGAUUUUUUUAAAUGACUCUUCCAGUAAAACGUAGGGCUACGUCAAAACAAAAAACAAGCAAAAACAGUUGAUUAUAACAGUUGAAGAGAAAGUAUAACCCACACCACCCUCCUCGUACUAUAGUGUUAAAUGUUAUGAAAUUUUGAGCAAUAAAAUUGUUCGCAAAAAAGGAUUUUGUCAA